AUGGAUAAUAACGCUGCGAAUUCGGAGAAAUCUCAGCUGAUUCACGAGAAGAAUGCGAAAACGUAUUCUUUAAAACUCCAAAGCUCCUUUCCAGACUCCAAAGAGCAAUAUCCCGACUUCCCUUUUAAGAAUGGAGGCAUGGCCGGCGCCAUCGAGCUGAAGCGGCCCGUCGGCGCCCACUGCCACGGGACCAAAGCCUUGGCGUGCGAGGACAGCGUGGACAAGCUGCUGGCCAAGAAGAAACUGUACAUCGCUUCAGCCGUCUGCCUCGUCUUCAUGAUUGGCGAAGUCAUAGGGGGCUACCUGGCCCACAGCCUGGCCAUCAUGACGGAUGCGGCCCACCUCCUGACAGAUUUUGGCAGUAUGAUGGUGAGCCUGUUCUCCCUGUGGAUCUCCUCCAGACCGCCCACCAAAACCAUGAACUUUGGCUGGCACAGAUCAGAGAUCCUCGGAGCGUUCAUCUCAGUCAUUUCCAUCUGGAUCGUCACGGGGGCUCUGGUCUAUUUAGCCAUCGAGAGGAUUGUACGCAACGACUAUGAGAUAGAUGGCCACGUCAUGUUAGUCACCUCCGGGUGUGCUGUCAUCGUCAACAUAAUCAUGGCCUACAUCCUCCAUCAUUCCACCACCUUCCACGCCCACGGCAGCGGUUAUCACCAGAUCGACGAGGACGGGCGGAGUCCCGUCGGCCACUCCCACUCGCUCCUCAGUGGCCACGGCAACACGAGCGUCCGCGCCGCCUUCAUCCACGUGGUCGGGGACCUGCUGCAGAGUGUCGGUGUCAUGGUGGCGGCGACCAUCAUCUACUUUCGGCCUGAGUAUAAAGUUGCAGAUCCCAUCUGUACGUUCCUGUUCUCCGUCUUUGUCCUCUGCACCACCGUCACCAUCCUCAGAGACGUCUUCAGGAUACUCAUGGAAGGGUCUCCUAAAGGAAUUGAGUUCAACUCAGUGAAGGAGGUCCUGCUGUCUGUGAAGGCUGUGAAGUCUAUGCACUGUCUGCACCUCUGGGCUCUGACUCUGGGCCAGGCACUGGUCUCUGUUCACCUGGCCAUAGACGAGGGAGCCGACGCUCAGUCUGUGCUGCAGGAAGCCACCGAUCUGCUCCACACCAAGUUCGGUUUCCACAGCAUCACCAUCCAGGUGGAGCUCUACUCUGAAGACAUGAGCCACUGCUCCCACUGCCAGGACCCCAGUGACUGA